AUGGGCUUGGUCGCUCCUUUGUUGCUCUCAUCGAUGGCGCUUGCUCACAAACCUUCUUGUCAAAAUCCGCUGUUUGCAGUCCACUGGGCUCCCAAGAUCGACAUCCAGACUCUGAAUCCGUACCCAUCGGUCAAGGAGAACUUGAAGCUCUGUCCGGCUUACAACGAGAAG